UGUGUAUAUACUCUGUGAUUUAUGAUCUUCAAAUCUGAAUAUUUAAAAAAUGUUUCUGUACAUUCUCUGUUGACAUGAAUUCUCAUUUUUAACUGUACUUCGUUGACCCCUCCCUCCCAAAAAGUUAAUGUGGUAACAAAGCAAAUAUAUUUUCGCCGGAAAAAGAUUAGACAUUGCAUUUUUUUGUAAAACACUCUCGCCGGCGGAUUCCGAAAGGAAAACAAUCGUCGUUUUCGUUUUCUGUUUACUCAGAAAUUCCGGCGGAGUAAGCGGAUAACGAUUGUUCCAUGGAGCCCACUUCAUCUUCUUCUUCUCUUAGAUGGAAGAUCCUUCGCCAAGCGCUUCUCCGUAGAUCUGAUUCUCAAUCUCAAGCUGGGAUCAAGCGGGUUUCAAGGAAGGCAACUCAAGGAUUCAACUUGAUUCCGUGUCAGGUGGUGGACUCUUCUCCGGGAUCGGAAAAUUCUCGGGAAGCAUGCGUUUGCUACACAAUUCCCACUCCUGGUUCUCCGAAACUCUACCUCACACAGAGAGUAGAUAAUUGCAGUGAUCUCAAUGACUUCGAGAUAUCUAAUCGACACAACAUCGAUAACACAGGACUUGUCUGUCAGUGGCCCUCGGAAGAUGUUCUAGCAAACUUUUGCAAGUCUCAGCCAGAUCGUUUCAGAGGUAAAAGAGUAAUUGAGCUUGGUUCGGGGUAUGGAUUAGCCGGUUUGGUUAUUGCAGCUGCCACCGAGGCAUCAGAAGUAGUAAUCUCAGAUGGGAAUCCUCAAGUAGUCAAUUAUACUAAGCGUAACAUAGAAUCCAACUCCAUGGCAUUUGGCGACACGAGCGUGAAAGCUAUGGAGUUGCACUGGAAUCAGCAUGAACUUUCAGAGUUAACCAACACUUUUGACGUCAUAGUUGCGAGCGAUUGUACCUUUUUCAAGGAAUUUCAUAAGCAGCUUGCAAGUGUCACCAAGGUGCUGCUUAAAGCCAAGGAACCCUCUGAGGCAUUAUUCUUCAGUCCCAAAAGAGGCGACUCUUUAGACAAGUUCUUGAAGGAGAUUGAAGACAUUGGUUUACACUACGUCUUAACCGAAAACUACGAUUCACAAGUUUGGAAGUGCCAUGAGACGCUUGUGACAGGAGACGAAUCGUGGCCUAACUAUGACAAGAACCACUGCUACCCUUUACUUAUUCAAAUUACAAAUCAUAAUUAGUCAAAGACUAUCUCAUAAACGCAGAAACCAAAGCUACAAGCUGAUCCAGCAGACAAUCAAUGUUACAGGAAGCAGAAUCGCAUAAUGGAGAAGAAAAGAAGCUGUGUUUCUUGUCGAUUCCCCAAUGGCCAUAUCCGCAAGAUAGGAAUUCGCAAAAGACUCUUCUUCCAUCGCUUGUUGCGUCUCUGUACUAGACUCAGUUCCAGGACCAGUUACAUCUCCUGUCUCUUCAGGAGGUGGCUCUCUCGAAGACUUCAAACUGUUCCACACGAUACAAAAACAAAUAAAUCGAAGCUUUGAUCUUUGUGAACGAAACUCUUGUAUUUGUUAACUGUCUUGACUAAUUUCAUUUUUCCUCACCUGGACAAGUUUGGACAGAAAGUGAUGGUGUAAUCAGCAUCACUACAAGUGAAAGUGCUUGUGGCAUCAUCGUACGCGUAACUGUACGAUUUAGGACAAGCUGAUUUAAAGACCUGAGAGUACAUCGAUGGCUUGCAGGUAUCGGGUGAACCAUAUGCGCCGCUGCAGCAAUACUCCGGUGUUCCGAAUGCCUCGCAGGCGCUUCUGCAAGCCAAACCGUUCUUGGCUUUUAGCUCCAUCGGGCAAUUCCGGUUUAAGUCCGAGACGCAUCCCGUGGUGGCGCAGGAACCGGAACCCUCCACGAUCAUGGGGAGGUUAUAGCCAUCAACAAGGCUGACGUCAUAAAAGUCUUGAGACCCAGAAAUGCCGAGAGUGAACUCGGCUAGUGUGGCUGGAGGUUCAGCGCCGGAUCCGUUGCAUUCCAUCUCUCCGGAGCCGCAAUCUCCAGUAGAGCAGCUCGUGGUGCUACUAGAGCCAUCGAAGUUGCAGCCGGUACGGCCCCAGAAGCGACCGGACCAACCUGUGGGUGCUCGGAAAGUGCGAGAGGUUUCUUUGGAGAGCUCAAACCCUGUGGUGUCGAGUUUGGGGCUACCUGCGCCGGAUAAAAUGCCCGGCCAUACUGUGAAAUCGCAUUUGUUAACUAGCGUGAACGUCGUACACUUGACACCUUUAGUCUGGUAGCAACAAGAGGAGAAAUCCAAGAACAGAGACGUAAGGUGGGUGAUGGAGACGGAACAGAGCCAUGAAUUGGUGUGAGAGAGAGUGAGAGAGAGAGAGAAUCUUUUACUAUAAGGUCGAAGUUUAUUUUUCCUCUACAACUGAUACUACUUUGAUGUUUUUAUAUGUAAAAUGGGAAUUCGAUUGUGAAAGGUCGAUGAAUAAACAAAUACAGCAACUUUUUGAAAAGAAA